CUUCCUUCUUCUUCUUCUUCUUCUCCACCACUACCACCUCCUUCUACUCUUCCACCUCCUUUUACUACUCUUCCUCCUCAUCCCUCAGUGAGUCGUUCAAUGACGAAUGCAAGUCAGCAAACAGGAUACAUAAAUACCUCCAUCAUUCAACAACGUAAAGUAGAUCCACUUCCUUUGGUGGCUCAGAUGCAUUUGGGAAACAAUUGCGAAAAGUAAAGAUACAGAUAUUAAUUCACCGAUAGAAAAAAUGAUUAGGUAAAGUAUAUAAAUUAUAAUAGAGUAGAGAUUUAAAAAAAAAAAAUUAAUGGUGGGAUGCAUAUACACAUAUAGCAAUUUUUAAGACGUGGUGGUUCACCAAAUACAGCAAAACAAUCCUCAAGCCACAAAAUAGUAAAAUAUGGAUAUGGAUUAAUUCAUACUGCGAUUAUUAUGAAGCUAUGAGUACAUUAGAAUUAUUACUUCAACAUGGGGCUAAUCCGAAUGCGAUGACCCUCAGUCAUGUAGAAGAAGAUAAAGUCACGCCAGGUUAUUUGGCAGCAACCUUAACAGAAGCAGGUGCUGACCUCACGAUCUCAAGAGCACUUCAUAUUGCAGCUGAACAUUGUCAUACCACUGUAGUUGAUAUAUUGUAUCACUUACCCCAUCCAAAUAUCAUUUUCAAGUCGAUAGCAUGGCUUAUUUAUACAAACUGUCAAUUACCUAUAGAUCAAACAGAUAUCCGAGGUGAAACUCCUUUACAUUGGGCUUCUCGUCAAGGACAUUUAGAGGUUGCUUCUUUCUUAAUUGAACGAUGUGGUUGUAACUUUAAUUCCUAUAUUCCACGUGGUCAUAAACGGCUACUCGAAUAUUAUAAGAAAAGAGAAGAAGAAUAGCACAGAAUGUACCUAUUCAUUAGAAUCAGCUUAGCAAGAAAUGGACUAUUUAAUAUCUAAAAAAAUAAAAUGAUAAAAAAGUUGGAUCUAAUAUUAUU